AUGGAGACUGAGACCGUCGGAAGGCGGGAGGUGGGGUUGUUGUCAUUCAAGGAUGUGGCCAUAGAAUUCUCUCCAGAGGAGUGGGCAUGCCUAAACUCCCCUCAGCGAAUAUUGUACAGGACUGUGAUGUUAGAGAACCAUAGAAACCUGGUUUUUCUAGGACUUACUGUCUCUAAGCCAGACCUUAUUACAUGUCUGGAGCAAAGGCAAGAUCCCUGGAAUGUGAAGAGACAUGGCACAUUAGCCAAACUUCCAGCUGUGACUUCUCAUUACACUGAAGGCCUUUUGCCAGAGAAGAGCAUAGAAGACACCCUUGCAAAGGUGUCAAAGGGAAAAUAUGUGAUCCAUACUGGAGAGAAACCCUACAAAUGUGAAGAAUGUGGCAAAGCCUUUCACUUUUGUUCACACCUUACUCAACAUACAAAGAUCCAUACUGGAGAGAAACCCUACAGAUGUGAAGAAUGUGGCAAAUCCUUUCACUCUCAUUCAUAUCUUACUCAACAUACAAUAGUCCAUACUGGAAAGAAACCCUACAAAUGUGAAGAAUGUGGCAAAGCCUUUCACUUUCGUUCACUCCUUACUCAACAUAUGAAGAUCCAUACUGGAGAGAAACCCUACAAAUGUGAAGAAUGUGGCAAAGCCUUUCACUUUCCUUCACACCUUACUCAACAUACAAAGAUCCAUACUGGAGAGAAACCCUACAGAUGUGAAGAAUGUGGCAAAUCCUUUCACUCUCAUUCAUAUCUGACUCAACAUACAAUAGUCCAUACUGGAAAGAAACCCUACAAAUGUGAAGAAUGUGGCAAAGCCUUUCACAUUCAUUCAAUCCUUACUCAACAUAAGAUGAUCCAUACUGGAGAGAAAUCCUACAAAUGUGAAGAAUGUGGUAAAGCCUUUCACAUUCGUUCACGCCUUACUCAACAUAUGAAGAUCCAUACUGGAGUGAAACCCUAUAAAUGUGAAGAAUGUGGCAAAGCCUUUCACUUUUGUUCACACCUUACUCGGCAUAUGAUGAUCCAUACUAGAGAGAAACCCUAG